AUCAUUGAGUGUGCGAGUGAAACUUGGUGAUUGUCCAGCUAGAUUCCCUGGCGUGUGACGACUCAUACUAUUUUGGAAGGGUGAGUUCAUUGUUAAACACGCCCAGCGGGGGAUGCCGGUGCUAUAAGAGCGCGGGAUUCCUCGCUUCCUUCCAGAGACCGGGCAAGAUGCUUGGAGACACCGAAUGCAGUGUAUGCUAUUUCCCCUAUAACGGUGGCUCCCGGACCCCGAGGGUGCUGCCGUGUCAGCACAUCUUCUGCACCGAGUGUGUCCUGACCCUCCUCUCCCAGAGCCAUCCUGACGUUUCGGGAGACCACCAGCUCGCCUGCCCUCUGUGCCGCCACGUCUCUCGGGUGCAGUGGGACGGUCGGAGCAUCCCCUACCCCGGGGCCUGGGAGGGACCACAAGAGGAGGAAGCGCCCUGGGAGGCGACGGGAUCGAGCGUGGUGGAUGCCCUGAAGCGAAGAGCCAAGAGGUGCACUCAAGGGUUGAGGGAGCGCCUGUGGGGACAGAGGACCCCCGGGAGUGACGCUGCUCUCAUGAAAAAGGACGACUUAGUGCUGAUGAUGAGCUUCAACAUCAUAUGAGGCGGGACACUGGAGCAGACGCCCCCUGAUGCAGGCUGGGUAGCGAUGGACCACACUCAAGGCUCCGACUGGCACGGCCACAGCAACAGCUGGAUGAGACGCUUGAAACAACCAGAUGCCUUUACCCUCCGAAAGAAAAGCCUCUUGCCUGAGGAACGGGCGUACCGACAUGACAGUCCCCUAUGCAGCAUGGUCCAGGAGCGGGGCAGAAGCAAGACUUUGGUAGAUUGAAACUGAGGUCCGACACCCCCCACCCCAAUGACGUCCCAGCCCAGAAUGUUUUAGUCCCAAGCACCACCACCUCCCUUAGGAAGAGGUUUCAAAGUACAUUUAAUAACAGUAUGUAUCCAGUACACAACCUGAAAUUCUUACUCUUCACAGACAUCCUGUUGAAUGUCCUGUGGCAUUGCUUUGGGGGAGGGAGGGAGGGAGGAGGGGGAGAAUGAGAACGAACUACAACAGUCAUUGUGGUGCUGCUUUGUGGGAGUUGGUCGUGCAUCCAUCGGUGACUGUAUUCACGCACCUCAACGGUUUCCCAAGGGCGGAUCCAUGCUCCUGUUUAUGCAGAGUACUGGCCUUGAGUCUUUUCAUGGUCCCCCUGCUGUCAAACUUCAUCCUAGGUGGGAGAAAGUUGCUCUUCAUCCUCGGGACUCCCUCACUCUUCCGUCGGCCCAAGACUGGGUCGAGGCAGACCGCUUCUCCCCACCCCACUGCAUUACCCCCAUCACUGUUUACCAAGGUUGCCAAGUCCCAGGAAAGCCCAGACGAUGACGCGCUUUGUUUUUAUGCUGGUGUUAAGGCGUUGCCAUGGUAGCAGCUCUCUGCACUUGUGCUGCUGAGUCACCACCCAGAGCUUCCACUACGGGAGGCCCCAGACACUUUAAUCAGAUCUCGUUCUGGGAUCAAUUUCUGUCUGGGUCUCCGAACUCCCCGCUCACCCCCGCCCCGCCCCCUGCAUGCUGGAGAUCUUCCGGUGAGGGAGAGUCAUUUCCACUGCAAUCCAGACCGUCUACUUGUACAGUGCAACCCUUGAGCCUUUCCAGGGGCAGGUGCAGGAGAUUGUGGGCAAGGCACUCAAAAUGCUGCAGGAACUCAGCAGGACAGGGAAUAAACAGCCAAGACCCUCCUAAAGGUUGACUGUUUAUUCCCCUCCAUAGAUGCUGCCUGACCUGCUGAGUUUCUCUAACGUUAUGUGUGCCUUGCUCCAUCAGAGUACUCUCUCUCUGACGGCCCCCCCCCCAUUGCCAAUCUUUAGUUGAUUAAGUAAAAACAUAAAUUAAUCCUUUUUUUUUGAAAAAGGAAGUUCCUGUGGUUUCUCAGGUCAUUCCCUUUUGGCACUGACCCUCUCCCAGGGAGAAAGUUGCAAGAUGUUUGUUUGAGUGGAGUCUUAGUUUACACAAUCUCUCCUUGUAACUUGGGGCCCCCAGGUCCUGGCAAGUCUUUCCUGUACUCUUUCCAGUUUGAAAACAUCUCUACAGUAACAUCAUCAUGAUUAUGUGCUGUGUUGUAUGACAAGGGUGGCCUUGAUCUAUCCAUGACCAUGAUUGUUCUUGGCAAAUGUUCCCCAGAAGUGGUUUGCCAUUGCCUUCUUCUGGGCAGUGUCUUUACAAGAUGGGUGACCUCAGUCAUUACUAAUACUCUGCAGAGAUUGUCUGCCUGGCGUCAGUGCUUGCGUAACUGGGCUUGUGAUCUGCACUGGCUGCUCACACGGGCAUGCAUGACCUGCUCCCAUGGUUUCACAUGACCCUGAUCGGGCGGCUAAUCAGUUGCUACGCCUUGCCCAAAGGUGACCUGCAGGCUAGCGGAGGGACGGAGCGCCUUACGUCUCCUUUGGUAGAGACGUAUCUCCACCCCACCACCCAUUUACUAAAACAGGGUGACCAGAACUACAGUGUAUACACAACAAAAAAAGGGUGACCAAAAUUAUGCACGGUCGUUGGGCUGUUACCUGUUUGAACUUGAACCAUCCUCUUCCUAUCCAAGUCCAUCUGUCACUGACAAUGUUACAACCGAUAAUCACUAGCUUCGACCUCUCAGUAUUAUCCUAAUCGUUCAUUCCAUUUUAUAGGAAAUGCUGGAGGAGCUCAGCAGGUCCAGCAGCAUCUACAGAAAUGAAUAAACAGCUGAUGCCUCAGGCCGGGGCCUUCGGGUCCCCCAGCAUUUUGUGUGUUGCUUUAGAUUCCCAGCAUCAGCAGGUUUUUCUCCUGUUCGUGAUUCAGUUUUAUAACUUGGCUCGGACUGUGAACUGUGUAUAUGAUUUGUGUUUUUUUUUAACGUGGAAGAGUUAAUUAUGCAUUGCCUAUUUUUUUUAAGAAAAUAAAACAUU